UUUGUGCUACGCGGGGAGGGCAUUUGUCAUGCGGAGUAGGCAUCAGGAAGGGUUCUAAAAGUCUGUGAUGGUAGGGCAUGCAUCACACACAAUCCUGGGUCAUGCAAAAUAUGCAUGACAAACCCGGCACUAUUCCAGACCCAAAAAUUUUUGCAUUUGAUACCGGUGAAGGACAUCGUAAUUGAAGACGUCGUGGUCUAUCAAAAUGAAAUAUCCCCCCUCCCCAUAUCAAAACGGAAAUUUGUGAUGCUGAUUUGUGGCCACAAAUCAGCUUUGUAUUGCAGAGAGGCAUGGCGGCCAGAUCCCAGGCUAGGUAGGGGCGUAGAGGUCUAGUUGUUCAGCAUGGCAAACGGCUCCCCUUUAGGCCCAACAGCAUGGCAAACCGCUUCCAUAAUGGGGCGGAAGCUUCUGCCCUUGUCUUCUUGCAAGACAGAUGUGAUUUGUGACCUCAAAUCUGCAACACAAGUUUUUGGAAACAUACCUUUUCAAUAUGGGGAGGGGGGAUUUUUCCUCUCAAUAUGGUCCACGCCAAUCCGAUCGCGGACGAGGAGGGACACUGACGCAUAUUUAUUUCGCUCGCGACAAGAGGAAAAAAGCGACGAUGCACUCUGCUCCUGCGACACAUGGUGCCAGCGGUUCUGCACUGAGACAAAGCAGUUGCCACCUGCUACAACAUCGAUGCUGAAGACCGUCGGCGAAAAGUGGACCAAAGCUCCUGUCCGCCUCUACGACUAUGACGAUCAUCGAGCUACUGGCGUUUACAGUAUUUUCUCCGUCUGGUGGCACAACUUUCUUUCUGCCUCAACUUGCUCUGCAACGCCCUCACUCUUUCGAACACGGCACAAAGCAGGGACCCACGCGCCAUCUUGAGAACCAGUAGCCCCACUGAAGAACGUCAAGUUACUUAGUAGCACCUGCCGCCAUUCGCUGCACCUUGUUCUACGCCGUCGAAAAGAAGCACUGUUCGGCGAAAACAAGCGACCGAGCAGUUCAAAAGGUAGCUCCGUCUCACAGUAGCGAAAGCCCAACAGCAUGCAGAAGUAGUGCGACGAAAAGGAUGAGAAGUAGAGGCCCGUUUGGCCGCUGUUGCCGCACGAGAACAACGGGCGUCAUUUGGGCAGAAGGACAAUCACCGGCGAAAGGAAAAAACGAAGUUGCGUCUUCUGCUAAGAGUAAGAACAGCAGCGCGAAAUUACUGUACUGCAGUCCCACGACGAAAAUUUGACGCGGCCGGACGGGGGUCGAAUGGCUGCAUUGCGACGGAGAAGCAGAUGGGUCGAGGGGAAGUGAAAGGACACCGUGGCAGCUCUUGCACCAAACGGCAUCAUGCGGUCUUUGUCCAGAGUGCGAAAAUUUGCCGGUUGGGGUUCCAAGAACGGUCCUACUUACGCGGCGUCUCUGCGAGGCAGCUCGAGGAGUGCAGGAGGAAAGAAGGCUGGUGGGCAGCGUGGUUCUUCCGUCUCACGAACCAUGAUUGCAUAUGGUAAUGCUAUCUAGCGACACUAUCUCUUACGAUAUCGAGACCUGCUACUGCAGAGUGGUACGCAACAAGACUAGUAAAUAAGCAAUUGUGAUUUAUUGAUACAAGCGACAUGGACAUCUUCAUAUGGCAUGCCUUCCCCUUGGUGCUGCGUCCAGCUUGACAACAGUCAGU